AUGGCUGAACCUAAGGACAUGAUCCCUUCUUUGUCCGAAAUCCAGUGCAAGAUCUGUGUGGAAAUCCUGAUUGAGCCGGUAACACUGCCUUGUAAUCACACGGUCUGUAAGGCAUGCUUCCAGUCGAUUAUUGAAAAGUCAAAUUUAUGCUGUCCUUUCUGUCGCCGCUGGAUCUCUUCAUGGGCCCGGUACCAUACCCCAAGAAAUUCUCUUGUCAAUAUGGAACUGUGGGAGAAAAUUCAAAAACACUAUCCAAAGGAAUGUAAACUUAGAAUCUCUGGGCAAGAAUCAGAAGAAUCCAUUGAUGACUUUCAGCCAGUUCGUCAGUUAAGUGAACCAGACGAAUUGAGAAGAGAAUAUGAAGAGGAGCUAAGCAAAGUGGAGUCAGAGCGAAGAGCCAAUGAGGAAAAAGAAAACAAAGCCAGUGAAGAAUACAUACAGAAAUUAUUGGCAGAGGAGGAAGAAGAGGAAAAAAGACAGGAAGAGAAAAGGAGAAGAGACAUGGAAGAACAACUCAAAAGUGAUGAAGAACUGGCAAGAAAUAUAAGCAUUAAUAUUAACAAUACCUGUGAAGACAGUGUCUUGGCUUCUCCUGGGAGUUCCAGAAAAUCUGAUCCAGUCACAACCAAGUCACAAAAGAAAAGAAAAAACAAAGAAAUUGAUACUGGAGAUAUUCAGGAGUAUGUGUCACCUAAAUCUCAGUUUGAGUCAGCAUCACAGUCUGAAGAACAAGAAGGCAGAAAAAACUCCAUGUUUAAGGAAACUGACAGUAGUGAUAUAAAGAGCCCUAGGUGGAAAGACACAGAAAUUGAAGAAGAUAUGCCAACACUUUCUUCUCAAAUAUGCCUUGAAAUUCAAGAACAAGGAGCAAAGUCUUCAAUAGAGUCAACUAUGCCUCAGUUAUGUACAGAUGAUACAGAAAGAUGCCUUGAAGGAAAAGUCAAAAUGAGACCAAGCACGCAUGACAAAGAGUCAUGUGUCAUAAGUCAUGAGGGACCUAAAGCCAGAGUUUCCUAUUCAAGAGAAUCUGCAGUUAAGACUUUUGGCAAAACAGAGAGUGGGUGCACUAAGUCAGGUAUGACACAGAUCAGAAAUGAAGAGUCUCACCUAAUGAUAAGUAAUGAAGGUAUUUCCAAAAGAAAAAAACAGGAAUCUUUGUUUGAAACCAUUGGGGAUCCAUGCUUUUCUGCAAAAAGAGGAAACACAUUCCCCAAAUCUUCCUCAGGCCAAGAGGAAGCAGAAGACCCCUUCACCCCAAAACUGUUACACUUGGAACAUCUAUUUUUUGAAAGACGUAAACAAGAAGAACAAGAUAGGUUAUUAGCAUUAGAGCUUCAGAAAGAGGUGGAUAAAGAAAUGAAGCCAAGCCAGAAAAAGGGAUCUGGAAGUGAGUAUCAGUUACAUGCUACAUUCCCAUUUCCAGAGAGAAUAAGUGGGGAGAGGAAGAAUUCCAAAGAUAGCAACUCCAAAAGACAAACUGAUACAGAACAUUCAAAAUCUCAGAGGGGCUCAAAAAAUUAAAAUUGGCAACCUUUUUUUAACAUCCAGUUGUAGCAUUCAGUUAAUGUUAAUAAAAUGGCAAAUUCUAGUAGAGAUUAUUGUAAUAUAUCUAAAAGUACUCAUUCCUUACAGCCUAGUAAGGCACCACAGAAAAGUAUUUUUCAUAUGUUUCAGAAAUACCCAAAGUAA